AUGCAAUUCUCCAAAAUCCUCGCCGUAGUCGUCCUGCCCGUUUCCAUGGUCCUCGCUGUCCCCGUGGACCAGGAGAGCACCGGCCUCGAAGCGCGAGGCUGCAAGUGGAAAAACUGCGACGAAUGCCAUGAGAGAGACGAGUACUGUGUUUUCUGCGACAAUGGCGGUGGCAUUUUCCAGUCGCUCACACCCCGCAAACUCAUGCAGGGCCCCCCGAGAGCGGGGGGCAGCGUCCCCGCGGGUCCGCCCACGAUCUAA